AUGGAACCAGGGAAUAAUACACAAAUUUCAGGAUUUCUUCUAUUAGGAUUUUCAGAGGAACCCAGACUGCAGCCCCUCAUAUUUGGGCUUUUUCUCUCUAUGUACCUGAUCACAGUGUUUGGAAACCUGCUCAUCAUCCUGGCUACCAUCACAGAUUCCCACUUGCACACCCCUAUGUACUUCUUCCUCUCCAACCUGUCCUUUGUAGACAUCUGUCUCACCUCCACUAUUGUCCCAAAGAUGCUGGUGAACCUCCAGACACAGAGCAAGGUCAUCAGCUAUGCAGGCUGCAUAACCCAGAUGAACUUUUUCAACCUCUUUGUAGUGUUGGAUGACUGUCUCCUGACUGUGAUGGCCUAUGACCGAUAUGUUGCCAUCUGUCACCCUCUGCACUACACCAUCAUGAUGCACUUUUGGCUCUGUGUGUUGCUGGUUCUGGCAUCCUGGAUCCUGAGUGUCCUGAAUUCCUUGUUACAAAGUUUAAUGGUGUGGCAGCUGUCCUUCUGUACACAGGUAGAAAUACCCCACUUUUUCUGUGAAAUUAAUCAAGUGGUCCACCUUGCCUGUUCUGACACUUUUAUUAAUGACAUAAUGAUGUAUUUUGUAGCUGGGCUGCUUGGUGGUGGUCCUCUCACUGGGAUCCUUUACUCUUACUCUAAGAUAGUAUCCUCCAUACGUGCAAUCUCAUCAUCUCAGGGAAAGUAUAAAGCAUUUUCCACCUGUGCCUCUCACCUCUUGGUUGUCUCCUUAUUUUAUUGUACAAGCCUAGGUGUGUAUCUUAGUGCUAGUGCUCACAGCUCACACUCAAGUGCAACAGCCUCGGUGAUGUACACUGUGGUCACACCCAUGUUGAACCCUUUCAUCUACAGUCUGAGAAACAAAGAUAUAAAGAGAGCCCUGAAAAUAUCCCUCAGAUGGAAUAAAUUAAAAAGGGCCAUUUUUUAA